CCAUCUGGCCAUGCAAUGGCCUCAUCAUGUGCCUGAUAUGUCAUGGUGACAGCUGCCCUAAGCUGCACUGUCAGCUGGAUGGAUAAGUCUUCUAUCACUCUGCACAGGCUGACCUGGUCCUUUCUUUGGAGGGCUUUCUGGUUGGGUCAAAUCAGCAUCUGCUUCUCCAGAAUAUUCAUAGCAACACCUUCCCCUCAUCAGGUCAUUCUUGGAGUGACUGGUGGGAUGUUGGUAGCAGAGGCCUUUGAACACACACCAGGAAUCCACAUGACCAGCUUGAGUGUGUACCUAAAGACUAACGGCUUCCUCUUCCUAUUUGCAUUUGGCUUUCAUCUGCUCCUCAGACUGCUUAGUAUUGACCUGCUGUGGUCUGUGCCCAUAGCUAAAAAGUGGUGUGCCAACCCAGACUGGAUCCACAUUGACAGCACACCUUUUGCUGGACUUAUGAGAAACCUUGGGGUCCUCUUUGGCUUGGGUUUUGCCAUCAACUCAGAAAUGUUUCUUCUGAGCUGCCAGGGAGAACAUGGUUACAAGCUGAGCUUCCGAUUGCUCUGUGCUCUGACCUCACUGACCACGAUGCAACUUUAUCACUUCAUCAAGAUCCCGACUCACAAGGAACAUUUAUUUUAUCUGCUGUCCUUCUGUAAAAGUGCAUCCAUUCCACUGACCAUGGUGGCUCUAAUUCCCUAUUGUGUACAUGUGUUAAUGAGACCCAGUGAGAAGAAGAUUAAAUAG